AUGGAUUCAAUUAAAUUUGAAGAUAAAAAUAAAAAAAAUUAUAGAGUUGUUUUUAAAACUCCUUUGAAAAGUGAUAAAUAUCAAAUUUAUGGAACCAUUUUUAAUGAAAAUUCUGAAAAAUGUUCUGAUAUUAUCAUUGUAUUUAAAUAUUUUGAUCAGUAUGGGUUUUCAAUAAUCAUUGAAAGGUUUGAUGAAAACCAAAAUGAUGUUUCCCAUAUUAAAUGGGCAAUGGUUGGCUCUAUGAAAUCUAUCAAGAAGAAAGAAAAUCAUAACUGA